CAACUUUACAAGCGAAGGGGAACAUAACAUACAUAACUUCUGUCCCCGACUCUUCUCUGGUCCAUUUCAUCGAUCGGCUCGGCUCGGCUGGACCCUCGAAGCCGCCAAUCGCUGCGGCAGCUCCGGCCACCGUCUCAUCUCCAUCCUUCUUCUUCAGUGUGUUUUGGUUUAGUUGCAAAGUUUUAGACUCUGAGAGGGAGAUUGUGAACUUAGAAAGAUGGUGAAGUUGACUAUGAUUGCUCGUGUUACUGAUGGUCUUCCACUAGCUGAAGGACUGGAUGAUGGUCGUGAUCUCAAAGAUGCCGAAUUUUACAAACAGCAAGUCAAGGCUUUGUUUAAGAAUCUCUCAAGAGGGCAUAAUGAGGCAUCAAGGAUGUCGGUUGAGACUGGCCCUUAUGUUUUCCAUUAUAUUAUAGAAGGACGAGUCUGUUAUUUGACAAUGUGUGAUCGUGCAUACCCUAAGAAACUAGCCUUUCAAUAUCUUGAAGAGCUCAGGAAUGAGUUUGAGCGUGUUAAUGGGUCUCAAAUUGAAACUGCUGCCAGACCUUAUGCCUUCAUUAAGUUUGACACAUUUAUACAGAAGACAAAGAAACUUUACCAGGAUACCCAUACUCAGCGCAAUAUUGCUAAGUUGAAUGAUGAACUCUAUGAAGUCCACCAGAUAAUGACUCGAAAUGUGCAGGAUGUUCUUGGUGUUGGUGAACAGUUGGACCAGGUCAGCCAAAUGUCCAGUCGUUUAUCAUCAGAAUCUCGCAUAUAUGCUGAUAAGGCUAGAGAUUUAAAUCGACAGGCUCUGAUUCGGAAGUGGGCCCCUGUUGCUAUUGUUUUCGGAGUUGUCUUCGUACUUUACUGGCUCAAAAAUAAACUUUGGUGAUCGAGCUCUAUAUGACAUUUUAAACCUGGAUUGUGCUGCUGAGGCUUCUUGCUUUUCUCCCAUGACUAUCCAGAUUUGCAUGGACUGGUGGCGAACCCUAUAAGCAUGAGAUGAUGUCUACCUUUUGUGGACAACUGGUUUAGAAAAAAACACUAUCCUCUGUUACCUCUGAGCAUGGCUGGAUCAGGCUUUCUGGAAUAGUAACCUUUUUACCUUUAUAUUAAGGAGCCACAAGAUAUGAGAAAACUUGAUGUCCUUGGGGAUGCAUAUAGACUUUUCUUCUUACUAAUUACCAAUUAUUUUCAGGAUUAUUGCGUUAAUGAGUUAAAUAUACUACCCCUUCGAUUUUAUUGUU